AUGCAUUUUGGCAAGUUAAUUUCGCUGGGGCUUUUGCUUCUGGUUGGCGACAGCGCUGCUUCAUGCAAAAAUCCCCCAUUGCGUAAAGAAUGGAGAGAUCUGAGCAUGCACGAACGCCGCGACUAUAUCGGUGCAGUCCGCUGCCUGGCGGCACGGCCAGCUAUGACUGGCCUCGAGAAUGUAGUUACGCAUUUCGAUGAUUUCCAGGCUACGCACAGUGACCAGACCCCCUAUAUUCACUGGGUGGGUCACUUCGUCCUCUGGCAUCGAUACUACCUCGCCACCUAUGAGAAGGCUUUACGAGAAGAGUGUGGCUACCAGGGUGGCCAGCCCUACUGGAAUUGGUCCCUGGAUGCAUCCUCGACAGACAACAGCUCCAUGGCCAUCUUUGAGACCGACAUCUUCGACCCUGUCCGAGGGUUCGGAGGAAACGGCAAAUACAUGCCGGCCGACGAGACGCAGAACCCCUUGAAUCUGACCGGCCGAACUGGUGGUGGUUGCGUUGAAGAUGGUCCAUUUACUCCCCCCAACUUCAUGCUUGCCGUCGGACAUCCCAAGGGACAACCUGACUGCCUUCGUCGCGACUACAUACCAUCGAUUAUGAACUUCUUCUCACGCCAAAGCCUCGUAGACCAUGUGCAAGGCCAGUCUGACUAUACCACUUUUGCACGGGCACUUGAAAAUAUCCCUGCCUUCACUCAGCCUAACAUCCACGGCAGCGGGCAUUUCGGUGUUGGAGGCGCGCUCGGAACACUGGGUAACCAGGCUCUCAGCCCUGGUGAUCCUCUCUUUUAUCUACACCACGGAAAUGUUGAUCGUAUCUUCUGGGAAUGGCAGCAGAAGGACCUGCCGGCUCGCUAUCAUCAAGUUGGCGGCCCUGUCAAGUCUAUGGAUUAUACUGGAGUGAAUGUCACCCUCGACUUCGAGAUCAACAUUGGAAAGCUUGCUCCCAACACUACACUUGAAAGCCUGCUUAACACCGAGAGUGGUAUUUUAUGCUACAGCUACUGGAAUAAUGGUAAACGCUAA